GCAGAAUAGUUCUGAGAAGUCCAGUUCCCGGCGGCUGCUACUGGAAGUGGGUGUUUCCUCCAGCAGCGUGGAGGCAGCGGGCUGAGGACACGGAGCACCUCGGGCCCCGGUCCUGAGGCUCGAGCCCAACAGCCCGGCCUUUGAGCCCGUGCGGCCCUGUGCGCGCACGGCGCUGUCGGCCGCCGUGCAGGAGGCACCGCUCCGCUCGCCAGCGUCAGCUGGGCCACCUCCGAGGGGCUGGGCCGAACACACCUGAUCUUUGUGCCCUGGGCGCCCAGCACACGCUGCUUCCCGAGGGGGAAAGCGCGGGCGGAGGGGUGGCGCGCAGAGAAGACCUGCAAGGUUUCUGGAGCCCUGAGAGGCGGGCAGCGACCUCGCCGCACGAACUGACGCUUGGCGGGGCAGAGAGCAAGAAGAGCGCGUCUCUCCCCGUCCGAGCCCAGCGGCGCUCUUCCCCGAACAGUGAACGAGACCCGGCGGCAAUGACGCCAGCAGGGAUCCAACCUCCAAGGGGAAGCCUUAGCCUGAAGAUAGGGCAGCCGUCUCUAGCCUCAAGUUUUUACAGGGUUUGCACUGAGACCAAACAGGUUAACAUUUACGGACGGGGCCCCGGCAACAUUCGCGCUCCGGACUCGCGAGUCCACCCGAAACACCGUCGAGUACGUGCGGACCCGAGGCGGAAAGGCUGUGGCGCUGUUGCCGGGGAGACGGCGCGGGGCAUGCUGGGAGACGCGGCUUUCGCUGCGUCGGGCGGAGUCUGGGCGACCCGACUGGGUGAGGACGGCGGCGGGCCCGCGGGUCCCGCUUCUCUAACGCGACCGCAACUGUUUCGGCGGGUAUUGCCGGCCUUCUUCAGCGACCUGGUGCCUCUGGUCCGAAGCAUCUACCACCGGCGCAGCCCGUCGCCAUUGGCCUCCCUGAGCCGGCUUCCCCGGGAUGCCUUACGGGGGACUUCCGGUCCGCCGAGCGCGCCGAGCUUCCGGUUCUGCCCGCUCUUUCGAGCUCCUGUGGAGGGUUGCCGGCUGGAGGUUGGGGCAGUUCUUCAGAUAGUCAUCAUGGGUAUCCGAGGACUUAUGAGUUUUGUGGAGGAUCAUAGUAAUGAGUUCUUCACUGAUUUGAAGCUGCAAGACACAAAAAUCAUCAUUGAUGGCUAUGCACUCUUCCACUGCCUUUGCUUCAAUUCAAACUUGGAGCUUCAGUAUGGAGGGGACUAUGAUUCUUUUGCAGAUGUUGUACAAAAAUUCUUUGAAUCACUGUUUGCUUGUAAUAUAUGUCCAUAUGUUGUAUUAGAUGGUGGAUGUGACAUUUCAGAUAAAAAGCUUACAACAUUAAAGGAUCGAGCUAGAGAGAAGAUCCAGAUGGCCCAUUCCCUUUCUGUUGGUGGGGGUGGGUACGUAUGCCCCUUACUCAUUCGGGAAGUAUUCAUUCAGGUUUUGAUCAAGCUGCAGGUGUGUUUUGUCCAGUGCUUUUCAGAAGCAGAUCGGGACAUUAUGACAUUGGCUAAUUACUGGAAUUGUCCUGUGUUAUCAUCAGAUAGUGACUUUUGCAUUUUUGACCUGAAAAUUGGGUUUUGUCCAUUGAAUAGCUUUCAGUGGAGAAACAUGAACACUAUUAAGGGCACACAAGACUACUAUAUUCCAGCCAAAUGCUUUUCCCUUGAUGCACUCUGCCGCCACUUCAGCAAUAUGAAUAAAGCUCUACUACCUCUCUUUGCUGUGCUGUGUGGAAAUGACCAUGUUAAUCUGCCCGUCGUGGAGACAUUCUUAAGUAAAGUACGUCUUCCUCUUGGAGGUACCAGUUCUAAGAGGAGAAGACACCACCGAAUUCUGGGACUUCUGAAUUGGCUGUCUCAUUUUGCUGACCCUACUGAAGCACUAGACAAUGUUCUGAAGUAUCUCCCAAAAAAGGAUCAAGAAAAUGUUAAGGAACUUCUGUGCUGUUCCAUGGAAGAAUACCAGCAGUCCCAGGUGAAGCUGCAGGACUUCUUCCAGUAUGGCACUUAUGCCUGUCCAGAUGCCCUGAAUCUGGGUUUACCAGAAUGGGUACUAGUGGCUUUGGCCAAAGGCCAGCUGUCUCCUUUCAUCAGCGAUGCUUUGGUGCUAAGACGGACCAUUCUUCACACACAGGUGGAAAACAUGCAACGUCCAAAUGCCCACAGAAUCUCUCUGCCCAUCCGACAAAUCAUCUAUGGGCUGCUUUUGAAUGCUUCUCCACAUCUGGAAAACAUUUCCUGGAAUGCAUCGCCUCCUCAGCCUCUAGCUUUCAGUGAAGUGGAAAGGAUUAAUAAAAAUAUCAAAACAUCAAUUGUUGAUGCAGUAGAACUGCCCAAGGAUCAUUCUGACUUGAACCAAUUGACUGAGCUCUCCUUGGCUAGACGGCAGAUACUUCUGUUAGAAACACUGAAGGUGAAACAGCACAUCCUGGACCCUGUCCCUGAUACACUGAAGUUGCCCAUUGCUAUCAGUUGCUACUGGUUGCAGCACAUGGAGGCCAGGGCAAAGCUCCAUCAUGUCCAAGCCUUACUGCUGGGGAUGCUGACAGGGCCUUUGCAUGCCAUGAUUUACAGCUCUGGAAUUGUGGACUCUGCAACCCUGGCAGGCUCAGUGCCUUGCUGCUCGCUAAUUGGUAAAAGAGAAGGAAGUUCUGCGGGAGAACAGCGGCGCUAAGAUGCUGUAUGAAGAGUUCCAGAGAGUGAAGGAGCAGGCGCAGCCAGGCCCAAGGCUGGAGUUAGAUGCAGCUCACGUCUUCUGUCAGUGGCAGAGCUGUCUGCAGAUGGGGGUGUAUCUCAAUCAGCUGCUGUCCACUCCUCUCCCGGAGCCGG